AUGUUUACCCUCAAAUGUGAUUAUACAUUAUGGAGUUCUUUGCAUAUAUAUGUUCUUCCUAUUGAAAAACAUAUCAUGCAAUUCAGUGAGAAUAUACAUACAGAGAAGUUAUCGGUCAACCAAGCUUUUUCCUUCUAUAAAAGUCAACUCAAGUGCAAAAACUUUUAUCCAGUUGAUGUUGAAACAAUCUUGAGAGGAAAUCCAAGCCUCGGGACAUGGGUAUGUUAUUUCAAUGAUGAUGGUUCGGAAGAUGUGCAUAUCAAGGAUCGAAACACAGAUACCACAAAACUGAGCUCCUGGAUCGUUUUCAGCUUAUGGAAUAGCCGUGAGGUUUGCUGUGGCUCGCUCCAAAAACCUUCCGGGUUUCUUUUCAUGUAUGGAUUGUUCGGAGAGGGAAAGAAGGUAAGGGACCUUAUGAAGGCAUCAUGGAAUUUUGCAGCUAAGUUUGGUGAAGAUGAAAACUGUAAGCUAGUGAUAACUGAGAUAGGUGAUUCUGAUCCCCUUAAAAACCAUAUUCCUCUUGAAUCUUCCAUGUUAUGCAUCAAAGACGUUUGGUAUUUGAAGAACGUGACUGAAAAUCUCGGUGUUAAUAACGAAGAGAGAACAAUUGCAUUAUCUGGUGAUUUGGGGAAUGUGUUUGUUGAUCCAAGAGAUUUCUAG